CUCCCCCAGGGUCCAUAGGGUGCCGGUGGUUCGAGCCCCUGACGAGGAGACGUGGCAGGCAUUUAAAAACCAAAACAAUCAGCAGCUGUUUGUAUUGAACGUGGGUUUCCCAGCGCUUGAACACAGGAACACGAACUGGGAACCAGCAUGGAUCCACUGGUGGCUGCGAUCGACCAGGGCACGAGCUCAACGAGGUUUCUGGUGUUCAACGCAAAAACAGCCGAAGUGAUCAGUCACCAUCAGGUCGAGAUUAAGCAGAGGUUCCCCAAGGAGGGCUGGGUGGAGGAGGACCCCAAGGAGAUCAUACAGUCUGUGUACGAGUGCCUGGAGAGAACCUGUGAGAAACUCAACCAGCUCAACAUCGACCUCUCCAACAUUAAAGCGGUGGGAGUGACCAAUCAGAGAGAGACGACCCUGGUGUGGGACAAAGAGACGGGAGAGCCACUCUACAAUGCUAUUGUUUGGUUGGACCUGCGCACACAGUCCACAGUGGAGCGGCUCAUCAACAAAACUCCGGGUCAGAACAAGAACCACCUGAAGCACAAGACGGGUCUUCCCAUCAGCACCUACUUCAGCGCGGUCAAGCUGCGCUGGCUCCUGGACAACGUGGAGGAGGUCCAGCAGGCGGUGGCCAGCGGGCGGGCCUUGUUCGGCACGGUGGACUCCUGGAUCAUCUGGUGCCUGACGGGGGGCAGCAACGGGGGGGUCCACUGUACGGAUGUGUCCAACGCCAGUCGCACCAUGCUCUUCAACAUCAACAGCCUGGACUGGGAUCCUGAGCUGUGCAGGUACUUUGACGUCCCCAUGCAGAUCCUCCCCGAGGUCAGGAGCUCCUCUGAAAUCUACGGCUGGAUGAAAUCCACUUCUCUAGCAGGCGUUCCAAUCUCUGGGUGUCUCGGGGACCAAUCGGCUGCUCUCGUUGGUCAGAUGUGUUUCAAAGAAGGACGGGCCAAAAACACGUACGGGACCGGCUGCUUCCUGCUCAGAAACACAGGGACCAAGCCUGUGAAGUCCGAGCACGGCCUGCUGACCACUGUGGCCUACAAACUGGGAAAGGACCAGCCCGCCUGCUACGCACUGGAGGGCUCCGUGGCCAUCGCGGGGGCGGUGGUGCGCUGGCUGAAGGACAACAUGGGCAUUGUGCAAUCCGCCUCGGAGAUCGAGAAACUAGCAGCUGCAGUGGGGACGUCACACGGCUGCUACUUUGUCCCGGCCUUCUCCGGGCUGUACGCCCCCUACUGGGAGCCCAGUGCCAGAGGCAUCAUCUGUGGUCUGACUCAGUUCACCAACAGGAGCCACUUGGCGUUUGCUGCUCUGGAAGCCGUGUGUUUUCAGACCCGAGAGAUCCUGGAUGCGAUGAACCUGGACAGCGGUGUCCCUCUGACGCAGCUGCAGGUGGACGGAGGCAUGACCUCCAACAGAUUACUGAUGCAGCUGCAGGCCGACAUCCUCUGCGUGCCCGUCUUACGACCGGCCAUGGCAGAGACCUCAGCUCUGGGUGCAGCCAUGGCAGCAGGGGCAGCAGAAGGGGUGGACGUGUGGAGCCUGAGCCCCGAGGACCUCCCAGACGUUAUUUCUGAGAAAUAUGAACCUCAGAUCAACUCUGAAGAGAGCGAGUUCCGCUUCGCCCGUUGGAAGAAGGCCGUCCAGAAAGCCAUGAACUGGGAGACCACAGAGCCGUGCUGCAACUCUAAUGGUUUUGGAAAGAAGAUAAACGGCGCCCCCUGGGUAGUGCCGCCCACUCCCCCCCCCACCAGGGUGGACCCCUAAGAUCAUCAGCAGUAACACACCUGCAGUGCAACAUGGCCGACUCCUGUGGAACCAGCCUGAAGGAGGAGGAGGACGCUCCCAGUGGAAGCCGGAGCACUCGGCUGCACGAUUCUGUGCACGGGACUGAAAACUGAAAAUCCUCCACAUUAUGUGCCGGCUGCAAUCAAGUGACCUGUGGAGCUUCUUGUAGCAACGAGGGAAAACAUGGUCCAUGUAUAUAUUCUUCCUCGUCCUCUUCCUCAUCCUCUUCCUCGUCCUUUCUAAUGAAAAACAGUGUUUCUCUCUUUCACCACCUCACAGUAGAAACUAUGGAUUCCCUUCUGAAUUCUGGUGUUUGAAGCCUGAAGCCCAGUUCCACACUCUACUGCCCCUCGUCACUGUGACUGAGGAAGACCCAGUACUGUUGCCUCUGUGCUUUGAGUUGUUGCUACUGGUCUUUGUAUUUAAACUGGGAUUUGUUCCUGGACGAAUGAGAAACGCUGCCUCCUGAGCUGUAAUAUAAUAGUUGUAGAAAAUAUUUUUUGGGAGAAUAAGAAGGAAAAUAGAAUCAUUAACUCUGGAAUCUUUGCACCUGAAAAAAAAUGUAUGUUGUAAUAUGUAAUAUGAAGCCGACGCUGUUUGAUUGAUCCUGUUUGAUUUGUGAACCACACUGUGUUUUUAACCUGAUUGAUUUUGAUGAUUUGUUAAAGUUUCCAUGAAGAGGUCAGAAUAUGACCAUGUGAAAAAGAAUUUUUAUAAAUCCAUAAAGUCACAACUACGUAUGUUUUGAUUCUAUAUGAAUCAUAUUUUAUAAAUCACUUUCCAGAACGACCCUUUGUAUCCGAGCCACGUGAGACUCACUUUAAUUCCGAGUAAAGACACCGAGAGGAAAUCAUAUAUUUUCUAAAUGACUGUAUCCAGAUGUAUUAUCAUUGAAAACAUUUUGAUUUAUGCAAGAUUUGUGUGAAGGUAACUUCUCUGGAUCCUUUCUGCACGAUGCUUUUCUUUGUAGUUGCACAAUUGAUAUCCUGUUUCUUUAUUUAUUGCCUGUGCAGUGGGUGCUAAGACUUUAUAUUUAGCGAUGGCUUUGAUUAUUGAUUUUUAUAUUAGUAUUUUUGAAUUUUUAAAUGAACGGGAUCCAGACUCUGCUUUUUUCAAAUCUUGCCAAUCUGGUAUGUGCAACUACAGACGACAAUAAAGUUUUUAAUUAAU